AUGUCCUUAAAGCCAACCUUCGUCCUCGUUCCCGGCGCCUGGCACGGCCCAAGUACAUGGGACAAAGUCACCGCCCUCCUCUCUCGACAGGGCUACGCCUCCCUGGCCGUGACGCUCCCUUCCACGAUUGGCGAUCCAUCUGUCACAUACCUGAACGACAUCAACGCCGUGCAGGCGGCCAUACGUUCCGAGACGAAAGCAGGCCGCAAUGUUAUCGUUGUGGUGCACUCCUACGGCGGCCACGUUGGCUCGUCCGCCCUGAAGGGCCUGCCCACGAGCGCCCACCCGGGUGAGGACCCUUCAGAGGGAAAAGUGGUGGGGCUGGCGAUGAUGGCGACUGGGUUCAACCACACGGGCAUGAGCUUUAUGGACGGCCUGGGCGGGCAGCCGCCGCCAACUUGGCGCGCCGACGAGGAGAGCGGGUUCGCGGUACUGGUCGCCGACCCGACGGAGCUGUUUUACCACGAUGUGCUGCCGCGGGAGGAAGCGAAGGCGUGGACCGCGCAGCUGCGGAACCACAGCCUGAAGAGCCUGUUUGAAGGGGCCGAGUAUGCGUAUGCCGGGUGGAAGGACGUGCCGGUGUGGUUCCUCGUGACGGCUGAGGACCACGCAUUGCCGGUGGAGGCGCAGUGGUGGACGGUCAGCGAUGCCAAGGAGCAGGGAGCAGAUGUUACCGUUCAGGAGGUUGCGAGUGGGCACAGUCCUAUGCUGAGCAAGCCAGAGGAGACAGUGGCAUUUUUGAUUGAGGCUGCGAAGGCUGUCCAAGGAUAA